AUGCUGUCUCACAACCUAUUUGAUCGCGCUUCGAAAGCGGUCCAGCAAUGUCUAGCAGCAAACGUAUUUCCCUCAGCUCUCAUCAAAAUUAUUAAGCGCGACAUUGCUUGUACGCUGCCAAGUCUUCGCUUAUUUGACGAAAAGUCAGGUCCGUUAUGGCAAGACUUAUUUGAUGUCCUGUUGGCCUUUGUUUUUGUAAGAGCAGACGAAGCAGCACAACGCGAAAAGAUGGAACUUAUAAACAUAGAGGAACUUCAAAAUACUUACUCACUUUAUGUGCCAGGUUUAGCUAACUUGGCCGCUCUAUUAAUCAUGAACUUGCCCACUCACCAGACGUUGAUCGUUUUGUUGAACUUGAUUGCAAAAAAAAGCUGGCUCAGAGCGAUUUACGGUCUUCAAUGUCGGGUUGAUUCAGACGACCAUAACUGCAACACUUUUGCCAUUCAGCUUCAAGGUUACGAGCGUGUGUUUAAUGCCCUUCUCGCCGAGCGCAUGCCUCAUAUUUAUGCGAACCUUCACAAAGCAAGUGUACGGCCUGACGAGUAUGUUCGUGAAUGGAUUCGUACACUCUUUGUGCCAUGGGUUGAAAUUGAUACUGCUGCUCAUCUUUGGGAUAUCAUGUACGUUCCUAAUUGA